GUCCAGGGACCAAAACGGAAAGAAAAUAUUCAUCCGAGGGCCGUAUGUAUAAAAGACCCUGAAUCAUCCCAGGGGAAGAAACAGAAGAGACUACUUUGCACCUAUCUUACGAACCCUUACUGAAACCCUAAAACUCGGAUCUACUCUGCGAUGGGGGACGAAGAGGUUAUGGGCUCAGCAAGCCCUGCUCCGUCUGAUCACAAGCGGAAACUCGAUGAAUUAGAUAGCGAACCGUUCGAGCUACCACCGGCUUCCGCCGAGUCUAAUGGCAAUUCACAGUCGCUGGCCGACGGUCAUGGUGAUGCUGAUGGUGACGGCGACGCCGACGGAGACGCUGAUGCUGCUUCUACCGAAGAUCCAGACGCGAAACGUCCUCGUCUCGAGGACAAUUCAGACGGUUCUGAAACUACCGAGAAUGGACACCAGGAGGAAAGGGUAGAUGAAGAAAAGGAAGACAUUGCUGAACCAUCAGAUUCUGUGAAGAAUAUCGAGUUGGAGGAGAAUCAAGAAAAGUCAAAUGAACCCUUGGAUGAUGUGAACAAAGAAUCUGUAACUGACGAACCCCUGGAAAGUUCAUUGGAACUGCAAGCUGCUGAGAAUCCUGUAGCGUCACCCAAAGAGGAGCAACAGGAAUAUGGAGUAGAAUAUCAGGAUCCCACUACAGAUGUUGGUUUACAAGAAGAUGAGUCUGAUUUGAAGGAGCAAUCUGCUUCGGCUGACCAACUUACUUCACGUAGAAUGGAAGUCCCAAGUAAUAAGGUUGGUGUUUUAAUUGGCAAGGGUGGUGACACUAUCCGAACCUUGCAAUAUAGUUCGGGGGCAAGGAUUCAAAUCACACGGGACUCUGAUGUUGAUCCAGAUUCGCCUUUCAGGCCUGUGGAGUUAAUAGGUUCUUUAGAGAAUAUAAAUAAGGCUGAGCGGCUGAUAAAAGAUGUUAUAGCAGAGGCUGAUGCUGGCGGUUCCCCUUCUUUGGUUGCCAGAGGUUUUAGCGCCCAUUCUUCAGGAGGAUUUGGAGAACAAGUUCACAUACAAGUUCCAAAUGAAAAGGUUGGUGUAAUAAUUGGGAAAGGUGGGGAAACUAUUAAAAGCCUGCAGACACGGUCUGGAGCACGCAUUCAGUUGAUUCCUCAACAUCUUCCUGAUGGGGACCAAUCUAGAGAAAGAACUGUGAGAGUCACUGGUGAUAGGAAACAGAUUGAGACAGCAAAAGAAUUGAUCAAGGAAGUGAUGGAACAGCCAAUGAGGUCAUCAACACCAUCAGGUGGUCACAACCAGCGUCAACGUGGACCCGGGUCUAAUUGGGGAGGACCAAGAGGCGGUGGCGGUGGUCACCAUUCACAUUCACAUUCACAUUCACAUUCACAUGCAAGUUAUGGAAAUUACCCACCACAACAACCUCUGCCACCCAAAAACAAUUAUGGUUGGGACCAAAGACCACCUCCAACAAAUAUGCCCGAACAGACUGGUUACGGUUACGACUACUAUGGUGGUGCACCACCUCCCAAUCCCAUGCAGUCUCACCCUAACUCAAUGGGAAUGGGAAUGGGAAUGGGCCCACCUCCUCCUUCUCAAGUAAACUACAACUAUGGACCGGAUUACGGGCAGACUGCACCACAGGGGGGGUACGGGGGGCAAGGACAAGGUUAUGGUGAACCCAGGUAUGAUCACAACCAGGGGCCCAUGGGUCAACAUUCAUAUUCUUCAUAUGGAGGAGGACAAGGACAAGCUACCCAGCCUCCGCCUUCAACUUACCCUCAAAAUCAAGGAUAUGGUCAGCAACAGCAGCAGGUUGAUCAGUAUGGUAAGCCCCUAGCCUACAACAUGCCACAACAACAACAGGGACCCUAUGGUCAGCCUUACGGACCACCUCCACCUCGUCAGCAGCAGCCAUACCCUAUGUCAACUGGGCCCACCCAACAACCUUACCCUCAGUAUGGUACUACUGCCCCUGCUCCUGUUAAUAACGAUGGAUACAAUCACCCUGGUGGUUACGCUCCUCCUCCACCGGUUUCUGGGUAUGGACAGCAGGCGGUGCCUGGUUAUGCUCCUCCGACUGGCGGUUAUGGUCAGUACCCUUCAACACAACCUGGAUACGGUGAACAAGCAGCAACAGCAGCUCCAAACACUGGAGGUUAUGGUUACCAAGGGCCGGCUGUGGAUCAGGGUUAUGGUGGUCCAGGGAUGGGGUAUGGUCCACCUGUUCAGCCUACUGCUUAUUCUCAACCGGCACCAGCUCUGGCUCCGGCUCCGGCUCCAGCUCCAGCUCCAGCUCAGCCUGGCUAUGAUCAGUCUGUUCCUCAAACUCAAACAGCUGGUGGAUAUGCAACUCCACAGCCACAGCCUCAGCCUCAGUCACAGCCACAAGCCGGUUAUGAUAAGGAUUUUGGUGGAACUGGAUUAUAUCAUUCUUUCUUUCUACCAACUUUUUCUUUUGCACCUCUUGUUACCACUUACCAAUACCUUACAUACAGGUGCAGUGAAAUCAUCCUUCCACCUUCACCCACUAGUUUCACCUUAAUUAGUCAAACAGGGUGGGCUAUUGGACUUGCUGGUUGGUUUUUAUUUCAGAUAGUCCAAUUUCAUUCAACUCCUGCCUGA